CAGCUUUCAAUUUUGACGAUGGCAACAAAUGUGACGACUGACACUCCUGAGAUAACGGAGGAGCCUGCGAUUGGGCUAUACGCUUGGAGCUCAUGGGGCUCCUGGAGUCCUUGUUCACGGAGUUGCGGUGGUGGAGUAUCAGUACAGGAGAGACAAUGCUUACCGAGAUCUCGAAAUUUAAUUAACAAUGGGACUUUAUUCUCGACAUCAACGGGUCGUGUUACGAGACAAGUUACCCACGACUGCUAUGGACUCGAUAAGAGAUAUCACGAAUGUAACACACAUCAAUGUGCUGGUGGGUCGAGAGACAUGCGAGCUGUGCAAUGCUCGUCCUAUGAUAGGAGACCAUUCCGCGGAAGAUUUUACACUUGGACACCCUAUAUUGACGGUGAUUCCCCGUGCAUGCUAAAUUGCAGACCUCUUGGACAGCAAUUCUAUGCAUCGCUAGCGCUUGUAGUGGACGGCACGCCUUGCACAAAGCCGGGCUACAGAGCUAUAUGUAUUCAAGGACAUUGUAAGGUGGUAGGCCGGGACGUGCUUUCGGUGGCAGGUAGUCGCGACGUGCGUUGCGGACGGCGGUUGGUGUCGGGCCUGUUCUCCCGUCCGCGGUUACCUCUCGGCUACUCCUACGUUACAACGGUACCCAGAGGCGCCUGUCGGCUCAACGUCUCGGAAAUCGUAUCCAGCGAUAAUUAUAUCGCGUUGAAGAUAACAAAUGGCUCUUACAUUAUGAAUGGAGAAUUUGCGGUCAGUACCCCAGGGACAUAUGAGGCUACUGGUGCUAGAUUUGUUUACACUAGAGAAGGUGGUCUUGACUCAGUUUUUGCAUUGGGACCUACACACAGUGCUAUCGAUAUUAUGAUUUUGUACACGCAACCGAAUCCGAACAUAAAAUACGAAUAUUUCACUGAAUCACUACCAGGUGAAGUUGACGUGGAAUCUGUGACAAAAGUUAAUUCACCCGAAUCAACAAUCCUUCCCAAACAUACAAGGCGGCAUCAUGGAUUCGAUGGUCAUCGAACUAAUAAUCCAGGAUACCCAGACUCAGCUGGAUUAACUAAAGAAUCCAGAGAUAAUGCUAUAGAAGAAAACGUUGUUGGUGGAAGGAAAUUUAUGUGGAAGAUACUCUCCUAUACUCAAUGUUCGAGAAGUUGUGGAGGAGGUAUACAGGUAGGCAAAUACAGAUGUAUUGAGGCAAGCUCAUCAGGAGACAGAGAGGUAUCACCUGUACACUGUGCGGGUUCGCCGCCACCUGGAAAGAGACGAAGGUGUGGUAAUUUACCCUGUGCUCCAAGAUGGAGGGCGGCUGCUUGGUCACCAUGUCCUCAAUGUGGUCCUGCGAUCAGAACAAGGAUAGUCGGAUGCGUGCAAGACCACUCUCGAGGUAUAACUAAGAUAAGCGAUCAAAAGUGUCCGGCUCCAAAACCCUCUACAACUGAUACGUGUAAUAUACCAGAUUGUGGAUUAAAUACAGGAGUUAGACACAUAGAUCGAUUGAAGUCACGUGUUCAAACAGAUACAUUUAAAGAUGGACCGAUUUAUACGAUAGCUGUCAAUACUUCUGACGACGAUCUCGGACCAGAAUAUAGUUUCAGUGCUGGAGUGGGCAGCUGGCUUUAUACUGAUUGGUCUGAGUGUGUAGGUUGGUGUGUAGGGGGAGGCUUACAAACGAGAGCAGUCCGUUGCGCCGAUCCUUCUGGCUGUCCCCGGAAAUCCCCUGAGUCGUCACGCAAUUGUGCUCCAACGCUGCCUUGUGAACCUCAUGACGGCCAUUGGUUUAUGGGUGAUUGGUCACCUUGUUCAUCUACAUGUGGAGGUAUGCAAGUUCGCGGAGUACUCUGUAUAGGGGGGAGUGGGAGACACCUUCGUGAUUCGGCCUGUAAAGACGCUAAACCCGAGCACGAAAGGAAAUGUGGAAACGAAUGCCCACCCGCUUGGUACUCUAGUGAAUGGGGACAGUGUACUGGUAACUGCACGCUCGGUGUAGGAAUACAAAGACGUACAGUCGUGUGCGCACGCGGGGACGGCAGUGCUGCCAGUGACGACGACUGUAUCACACCCCGACCGCACGCUAAUCGCGCUUGUGAGCCCAAGUGUACUGUCGAACCGUCUAUACCACCAGAUUUAACCAUCGAGUCUCAAAAAGCGGGUACGGAAAUACCGACGACACACACACCAACGUCCACCACACAAAGGAACUAUAACACAUUCAAUGAAAAAAAAGACUGCGAAGACAAACUGCCAAACUGCUCGCUCGCAGUCCAAGCCAGACUUUGUCACUACAAAUAUUACAUACAAAAUUGUUGCGAUUCUUGCAAAGUAACAUGAUUACUUAAAUUAAUAUCGAAUGAAAUUUGAAUAUCGAUUUAAAUUCGAUCACACUAACGUUCGAACAGAUAUAUACACGAACUUUUAUACUUAGCAUUACAAAAAUAACUCGAAAUAAUUGUGUAAGCGAAUAAUAAUUAUAGUUUUAUUCAUAUUGUAUUUCGGUGUGAUAUUUAUUUUCUAUUAAAAUCAUAAGCACAUAAG